AAAUUAAGUAAACAGACACUGUGGCAACAGUAUGAAUGAAUUCACGUAGUGCAAAAAUAAACAAAAAGAUCAGUUCAGUUUGAUUGGCCUCAUUUCGCAAUGGUUAGGCCAUGUUUCGUGCUACUACUAGCAGGAUUUUUUGAAUUUUGCUACACGCAGGGCCAUUAUAGAAAAGACAGAAUGCCAAAGAUAAUGGGAGAUAGAAUUCCACUGAGUUCUCUGAUACCAGAAAGACCUAGGACUAGGCGAAAAAUUGUCUCAAUACAUAAUGUUUUUCGAUCCAGAGUAAAACCUGCUGCUUCAAAUAUGUUGAGGAUGAAGUGGAACUAUCAAAUUGCCGAAGCUGCUCAGAAGUGGACGCAGAAUUGUAAAUUCUUGACACACGACAACAAUGAUGGUAGAUUUAUUCCUAACUAUGGGCCCUGUGGGCAGAAUAUUUUUGUGGCCACACAAAAAGUACCCUGGUUUUUCGCUAUCAAUACUUGGUUUUUGGAGAAAAACAACUUCAUCUAUGGUGGUGAGAAUGAUUUGAGGAAGAUUGGUCAUUACACUCAAAUGGUUUGGGCAGCCACUCAUGAAGUAGGAUGUGGAAUUUCGAAAUGUUUGAGUCAAAAUAAUGGAACAUGGUUUAAAUAUUACAGCUACAUAUGUAAUUACUGUCCAAUAGGGAAUCUACCAGAUAAGCUAGGACUGCCGUACAAAAAAGGAAAACCUUGCCACGAAUGCCAAAGAAACUGUCAUUCCAGGAAGCUCUGCACCAAUUCGUGUCCUGCAGCUGAUUUCUGGUCAAACUGUGAUAGGCUGUUCAAACGUUGGCCCGGAUGGCUUUGCCACACUGGUACCAAGAAAGGAAAAGAAAGAUUCCGAAGAUGUAGAGCUACAUGUUCUUGUAGACAAAAAAUCCACGAUUAAUAAAGAUUUAUAACGCUAA